GAUAGAAGAAACUACCCGGAAAGGAAGACAACGAAUGUCAAACGAAACACGCAUGGCUGUCUGUUUUGUUAGCUGACUUCAACCCAAAGAUGUCAGGGCUUCAUCUAAUCCGCUCUGCAACGCGACUAAAAUGUUUGACAAGCAACUCACAGACGGGGCUUUGUAUAAACAACCUUUUGUAUAGAAUUCCGACUUGUGGAUACGCCAAGAAAGUUGCGGGCAAAGGAAAGGGGAAAGGCCAGUUGAAGGAGGCUGUGAAGGGUCCGGAGGUGUGUAAGGACCCUGUGAAGCUCACCUCCCAUGCUAUGGGGGUCAACAUCUUCAAGACCGGAGACGACCCUCAACUUCGACCUCCACAAGAUUACCCAGAGUGGCUGUUCCAGUUGGACCUAGGUCCCCCUAAAAAGCUGGUGGAGUUGGAGCCAGACAGCUGGGAGUACAUCAAGGUUCUUCGCAAGGAGCACAUGUGGCGUUUCAAUAGACUGAACAAGGGCAAGAGGCUGUAGGGCUUGCGAGGAAUGGACAGACAUGAUUCUCAUAUUCACAAUUUAUUUUGCCUGGUUUCAAACUGUCAACUGGUAAAGUGAAUGUUUUUGUACAGUUAAAGUUAGGUUUGAGUGUCUUCCUUGAAGAUGUUGACAAAGUAUGCAAUUUCUUUUCAGCUGCAUGUGAUAAUAUAACGACUAAUAGUCUACACACAUUUUCUUAUGGUAAAAUAAGACAGGUUGAAAGCCGCCAGUGUGAUAAACCAACAGAAAUAAAUGACUUUUUUAAUG